GCCAGGGGCAGGAGAAGGUAAACACGACAUUCAGUGUGCUCAUUAUCAAAAUAAGGAAAACAAAUCGAUUGCAUUAACUGUGUCUGCAGCAUCACAGUUAUUCCACAGUAUUUUGUCAGAAAUUAAAAGGUUACCACUAGAGUACUAUAUCCCUAUCUCGAGCCUGGCACCACUUAUUACUGCAAUGGUAUUUCAAUAUUAAGUGAUCUUAGAGAUAUUUCAUCUUUCAUUUUGAAUCCUGAAUUUGAAUCAGCAUUAGGAUGUCAUGGCUGUGAGAUAAGGUGUAACAAACUAAGUAGACAGCUGAAGGGCUCCUGGUGAAGGUGUUGCUGAGAAGGAUAUCUUGGGCCGUUCGCAGUAACCUUGUUUACGGGGACGUUUCAAUUGCAACCUGCAUUUCAGUGAGAGGCUGGCUGGACUAAUGCCUGUGUGUCUGAAACCCAUCACAAGUGUCUCUUGCACUCUAAACCUUCUCUCUGCUUUCCUUCCAUGCUCACAAAAACUUUUCUGGAAGGUUAGGAUGAUUUUCUGAUAUGAAAAUGAAGAUGUUUUCCUAAGAGGAACACUGCUCUUUGAACUCGUGUACAUUAGCAGCAAAGUAUUCAUGAGGUUUGAUUUUUUUUUUGGUUCUCUGAUGUGUCAGGAUCAGUAGUUACACCAGUCUUUUUAACUUAAUGUAUAUGGCUUUGAUUUAUUAUAUUUAAGUCUUGGUGGUUUUGAAUGUGUUCUACAGCACAUGAAGUCGGUUCAAGUCAGAAUGUGAAAAGAUGCGUAUUACAAUGAGGAACAGUUCGGUAGUGAUCUGCUAAUUUUUUGUUUUCUUUUCCUAAAGCUGUUCCAGGAAAAUCACGUGCUUUUAGUGAGUGGGUGCUAAAUGCCAGCAGCCACAUUGAUGAAGAAAAAUGCUGUUGAAAUACUUUGGAAUAAUAAAUAGGAUACGUAAUGGUCAACCACAAGAUAAAAAUUUUACACAGUGUUUUUAUGGCUCUAAAUUGGCUGCAUUGUAAACCAACCUUGCUACUCUAUUAAGUCAUCAGAGUUUUCAAUUAUUUAAGAUUUCUAGUCCGGCUAUCUAAUAUAGUCUUCAUUGUGCAUAUCAGAAAAUUAUACAUAAGGUUGUAAUUCCUUGUCAUUCGUAUGUGAGGGCUUUGUUGUAGAUGGGGGUUUAAUUUUGACUUAUCAGGACAAAUAUUACAAAGCAUGCACACAUAAAAAUGAUAUGGAAAUAGCCCCAGUCCUGUGAAAUGGGGAUAGUUAUGGCACUGAAAUGUACCUAAUACAAUUUGAGAUCCACUCACUGAGAAACCUUGACAGUAUCUGCCUUGCAGGUACCGUGCGUGCAUUUGGAAAUACUAUAUCUCCAUUUAAAUGCAGAUCUUCAGUUUUCUCCAGGGGGCAGUUGGCGAAUCUUUCAAUUGAACCACUGGUACUAGAAAAACUAACUGAAGAUUUACCCAUGAACAAGAGACCCUUUCAAGUCUGCCUUUGUGAAAUAAUGAUUAUAAAAUUUCCUAAUAUCUCAAGUUUAUAUUGAUUUUGAAUGCCUUAUCAAAAGUCACACUAAAGGAAUAGUGCCUUUUACUCAAGGUAGGCCAGUGUUUGAAUGCUUGUUUAACAAUCUUUAGAGAGAUAACCAUAACAAAUAUGUUCUUUGUUUUUACAUGGGUAUUGUGUUUGCAUGAGUUUCCUCAAAUGGACAGACCAGUCUUGCUUCGAUUUUGACCUAGAUUCCUCCUGAUUAUUCCUAUACAGCUAGUACCUGCUUAUUUCCUGCUGUGAAAAUAGGAGAACAACUGUUGAUGCUAUCUAGUUGGGGCUGCAUGGGCAAUAGGCACGCACGUCCAGUGAUCUCCCCUCCUCCUCCUCCUCGGCUUCAUUAGUAACAGAUAAAACAGCGCUGCAGUCCAAAGAGGGUGCAAGACAAUAUUUCUUCUCCUGUGAUUUUUUUGUUCCUUGAGGGUUUGAUUCAAAAGGAAGACAGAAAACAAAGCCGCAACUGAAUUCAUUUCUGUUUCCAGAUUUUGUACACACAUUUUGCACACUUGUAGGGAUGAACAGGGCUAUGUUUUAUUUGAAAAAAGUCUCAGAUCCAGCUUACUCCAUAUUCGCUUGAAACUCAAAGCCAGUAAGUUUAAGUUCUCCUUAGAGAGGCUUGUCCCAUGCAGCCCAGUUUUCUAUAGUGUUUGCUAGCUGUCUAGUUUGUGGUGUAAGCCAGGGCAUUAAAAGAGGCAGGGAGCAUGAGCUCCCUGUUUGGGGUGAAGGUGACAAAAACUACCUGGUGCAGAGGAGACAAAAGAUCCUGACCCUUUCUAUGCUGGGUGCCAAGCGCUGCAUGCAUUCCCGGCCACUCCGGUCUCCCCACCAUGGGCAAGGAUGCUGCCCAGGGAUGCUGCCCUUGUCCUUGUGCCAGAGCCACGAGGUUGUGGAGAUAUCAACCAUAUAUGCUCACCUGUUAAUGGCAUAUAACCCGUGGGCCUCAAUACUCUGGAGAAAACAUACACUUCAGCCUCUGCAUAGAGUUCAGGCAGAUCUGCAAAGCCCAAUCUUACAUGUACCUGCGUUAAUGGCAGCGCUCCCAUCCAGCUUAAUUGAUAUUCCUAUAAACAUCUGCAGGUUUCUUUUUCUAGUGGAAGCUACAGCUGGGUGGACUUCUUAAAUGAAUGUUUUGCAUAUUGAGGUUGAAAGGGAAGUCGAGCCUGAUACAUUAACUUAUCUGUGUUGUUCUCUUGACAUCACUUGGAUUGCAACAAGAAUAUGUGACAAGGAGAUUAGGUGCAAGAUCUUCACACGCACAUGCUUUUGUUAGCAUGUUGAUCAGUGGAGAUGUUACUUCUGUGAAAGCCUUGUUCUAAGUCAAGUCUAGGCAAGCACAAACCUGCGCAUGCAUAUUCAAGUUGAGCAGGGCCUAUCUUUUAUAAUAUACUUUUUCCCUUAAUAUCUAAGCAAGAUCUCUUAUUAUAACUCAACCAUUAGGGGAAAGAAAAUUGAACUUUUCUCAAACAGCUUUUCUGUUGGGGAAUCUAGUGGCAGUUGCUUUGAAGCAUGUGUAAUUGAUUAUCAUACAUUUAUUUUAAAAAGGAGACAUAACAAGGAAUCUAACAUGAUGUUUGGAAUAUAUCUUCUCCCCACAAUGUUCUUGAGGGAAAUGUAAGGUUGCAGGCAUCAUUUCAUGCCCUGUAUGUUUUUGAACAUAAAUCAAAGAAAUUGUUGGAGAGUUAUAGAUGUUCAUGGCAACUGUAGCUAUAAUAAACACAUGCAGUAUAUAUUUUCCAAGCUAUUUUGUAUGGGUGAAAAGCUGAAGCUGGCAUUUUGUACGAACAAUUCAACUUAAUCACUGAAAAUUUAUUUCCUAGUUAGGGUGGAUUACCAGUGUAGCAUGAAGUCGUACACCUUGUUUUAAGUUCAUCUGGUUAUGAAGCCUCGGUUAAAAUUGGGAAAGAAUUUAAAUUGGAUCUAAACACCUUAAAUGAAUUAUUCCAAGCAUCACAUUUGUUGUGAUGCCUCCAUGGUGAUAUUUACAUCUAUGUUGUCACCUAUAUUUGUUUCAAAGUAUGCUGGAUACUUUAGAAAACAAAUAAAAGUAAAAAAUGGUAUGAAAACCCAAACAAUUUUAAUUGUAUACAUAGCACAGAAUGUGAGCAUAGUAAGUACAACAGGAAAGAGAAUCCUGAACGAUCAGGUAAUGCAGAGCUGCUGAUGAGAACAACACUUAGCUUCGGCAUACAAAUUUCUUGAUGAUUGUAUUAGUUUUGGUUUAGAAUCUUAAUAGAUGAAAAGGGAGAAGUGACUUUUAUGAAGGAAUUUCAAUGCGGAGACUGUAGCCGCUUGCUGUGUGAGGAUGAGGAAGGUGUUUCAUACGUUGACAAGGAUCCAAAUGCAUUAAAUUGCUAAAAAGGAAAUCCAGUAGUCGCAGUUAGUAUGUUUAUAGAUAGACUGGGGAUAGGACAGAUUCAGGAUCUGUGCAGAGAUCAGACAGGUCUGGAUGGACAGAGUUUCAGACUUAAUAUUUAAGCAAAAUCCUAAGCACCUUCCAGGUGUAGCUCUCAUUAGUCUAUGUACUCCUAUUGGGUUCAGAGAUUGAUAAUUAAAACCAGUACUGCUUAUUGAAAAUUUUGAGACUAGCUAAAAUGUGUAACUUUUAAAAGCAUUACUGUGCUUCUGCUGGACUUCUGUUUUAUUGUGGUUACUUUCAGUCAUACCUCUUUUAUUACAAGAGCUAGAAAUCUCUUUUUAAAAGAGAAAGCUGGUCUCGUAUUACUUGACCCCUGGAAACAGGGUAUUGAUAUAUAUAAAAGAAAUAUCCUGAGAUUGAUGCUAAAACUGAGAAUUUGCCCUGUUUUACUUGUUCAGAGCGUUAGCCUUAAAUGCCUUCCUCUUGAUGAUAUCUUUGAAUUUUGAGACCCACAUGAAUUAAGCAAGAACCUUUCGAAUUUGUUACAACUGAUGGGUGUCAGGAAGGCAGAGCACAGCUCUUGGGCACCAGUACCAGUUUAGACUUCAGAAAAGCAGGCAAUGGAGUUGGUUUCUGAGGGCCACCCUUUCCACUGGGGACAGAUGGAGGAGGGAUGGAGAUGUACAGCUUCUGACAUUGCGUAAGCUCAGGCUUGCCUUCCCCUUCUUCAUGUCUUGCCUAGCUCUUGCUCCCCAUCCUCUUUGAACAUUUUUCAUGGCCUCUCCUUAGUAGCCAAGCUGCUUUAUCCCAUCCUCUGAAGGCUGGAAAACGGACUUCAAAUUGUUACUAUGCUCCCUGCCGUAUACAACUCUGUGAAAACAAAAUUAAAUGAGAAAAUUGGAAAGGAAAUAAAAGGGAAGACAGUGUGUCGCAGGUUGGGAUAUAGCUGGGAAUACUGGGAGGAUAAAGAUUUGGCAAUUCCUUUGUGCCCCGUGGUCUGGAUUGGUGUCUGCUUUUACAGAAAAAGGGAGCAGAAGGAGCAGUGUCCCUGGUUCUGUAUUGAUCUGGCUGUGACAGAUGGGACAUGAGUAUAGCGGAGAGGUAAGGAGAAGUGGAGUCCAACCUGGAGUAGAUGUCCUGCAGCCUUGACAAGUAUCCGUUGGCCUGUGUGGGGCAGGACUACUGAAUACAGUCGGGUUAUUGUUCUCGUGCUGCUUUCGGAUGUCUCAGCCUUUCUGUGCAGACACUUGGGUAUUUAGAGGCUCUUGAGGAGAAAACUUCAUUCAGUGAAAUUCCUGCUUCCACAGGGAUUUUUUUUUUUACUUGUCUUAAAUUAAUGCCUUGAGUUCCACCUGAUGUAAAGAGCUUGUUUUACUCUGUGCCGAAUUUCUAAUAGAAAACAAACAAACAAACAAACAACUACCCUCCUUCCACAUUAUAUCCAAAAGAGAGCAGGUGGGCAAGGGUUGAGAGCGAGGAAUGCGGAGUCUGGGCAGCAGGCUGGGCGCUGGAGCACAGAGAGCAGCAGCCCAAGGUCGUGGCCCUUCUUACGGCACAGCUGGGAACUGGAUAUACACCCUCAGGUUUUAGUCCUUUAUCUUUCCCUGACGUGCAAUCCCUGUCUUGCAGCUUGAGCAACAGAGGCACAGAAACUGUCCCUUGGCAACACGCAUUAAAUGCGAUGGUGCCGGUUUAGGCACAGAAAGGUGAGGUGCUGUGAUGGAGGUGAGAGCGCCCAGCCUCAUAGCAGGGAUUUUGGUCCCCUACCUUGCACUGUCUCUCCAGGGAGAAGAAUGAGAUGAAUCCUGCUGUCACCACCAAACACUUUCAUUUUUCCAGUGUGACACAGUCUGGGGGUGGACAGGAUCCUUCUCCUAAAGGAGAAAGGCAAAUUGGGGUGGAAAUGCAUAUUGAUCAGUAUGGUUACCCUGCUAUAAGCAGUGCCUACCUUUUAUUAAAAAAAUAUUUUUAAUGUUUUGCUAGUCAGGUUUAGUUCUUUGUUACUCUUUUUUUAACUGAAGGGAGGUGAGGACGUGAACUGUGAGUAUCGCUGAAAAUUGUGCCACAAACCCUUGUGCUUGUUUGUGCUUGUGAGUGAGUGUGUGCAGGCGUGUGCAAUAUGAGUGCACACACUCAGAUUGUGUGUAUGCACAGGAUCUCAAUUAUUUUGCUGUUUGGAUCACAGAGCAUGCUGUCUUGAUGUUCUGUCAGUUUUGGUUUCUGCCCUUUGGAAUAAAGUUCAAAAUAUUAAAGAAAUAACACACAGUAAGUAGCUAGAAUAGUCAUAGAGCCUCAGGGUAAAAGAGGGUGGUGAAUAAUCUGUUUUACAAGUGCCCAGAAAAAAACCCUUAACUCCUCCUAACCAAACUUUGCAAUGGUGCGCUUCUAAAAGGGACUCUUCUAAAUUUUGUGUCUGAGGUUUGCUGCUUAUUCUGGAGAGAGAAGGGGGUCCUGUUUGGAAAGCAGCGCGCAAGCUCUGUGGUCACACUCUGACUGUUUGUGGGGGCAGUGUAUGGUCCCAGUUAUUCUUUGGAAAGUCACCCUGGGCUAGAUGGUGAAACAACUAAAUUUAAAUGAAUUCUUGGUGAUUCUUUGAUAUCAAACGUGAGGAUGUGUUGGGAGUAUUGUUUCCCAGUUUAGGAGUUGAAUUAUCGCUAGCAAAAGUAUUCUUUUUAAAUGUUGCUUUUGUGUUCUUACUAGUUGAUUUGGACAGCAGUAAAAACCACAGAAGGUGAUGCAGGUUCUGCCCAUCCCUGGUUGGUUCUGGAGGGUCAAGGUGGGAGCUGAGGGGGCACCUGGAGUCACACAGGCACUUUGGUCAGAAUACCAAACUUUGCCGAAUUUGGGGUGUUGUGCUUCACGAUUUUAGUCCAAUGGAGGCCAUGCUGAAAGGCUCUAGAUAAGAUAUUCAAUGAAAAACCAGCCCCCUCCCACUCCCCAAAUCUGCUGACUUGUACUCUGUAUCAGAAAAAAAAAAAGGACUGAGAAGUGUGUGACUGAUGCAAGGCAGGGUCGAGAUGAAUUUAGGAUAAACAGGAUGCCUAUUGCACUUAAUUUAGCAAUUCUACAGCAGAAAAUGCUUUUGAGCACAUUUAACAGCUUCUCAUCUGCAAAUGCCAUAAUCAAGACAAAGCAAAAAUAUAUUGUGGUGAAUUCUGCAGUUAACAGUCAUGACACAGUCAAAACCUCCUAUUACAGCGAGGGAGACUUGCUUGUGUCACGACUGCCUAGGAUGCAGGAUUUCAGAGCAGCAUUAAUAACAAUAAUACAGUAAAUAUACAGUUCCAAAAGUCCUGCAGGACAUGCAGCAAACGCCGGUGAUUCUAACUGGGUGAAGUUGUCAAAGGUUGCUUUGCUCUCCAGAGCCUGGCAGUAGCUCCUCUGAAAUGUGAUGCCAUUGGUUUUCAGCAAAGGUUUCUUUCUGCAGGGCUGCAAACAGAGAUCAGCUGCUACUGUGUAUACACAACUAGGGAGCAAAUCAAGGAGCGUAUUUAAGCAGCCUUUUUAACCCUGAGACUUUCCAAGAUUUCUUCUUCACGCAGGAAGUUUCCUUUAUUUUGUCAGCUGUAGCACUUUGCUCAUGUAAUGAGAUCAGAGCUAGGAUCACUGCUGCACAGUAGAAAGACUUCCUUAAGACAUUUGUCCUUGAAACUGCACCAAACUCUUGGAAGAACCCAGAACCUCAGGUACAAACCAUUGGUCAUCUUUGAUUCCUGCAGAAACUGGGGGAACGGGUGGAUAUCCUUUAGUUAAAGCCCAGAGCUGUUUGUCCAAGGCUUUGAUAAAUCCAGUCUUGACUGAUUUGCUGACAUUUGGGCUGUUUCAUUGCCAGAGGAGGCUUUGUGUGUCCCAAAGGAAGUGAGUGAUCUGGCCAUAACAAAUCCUGCCAAAAUAUUUUAACACCGUUACGAUUUUCUAAUGCAAUGCGUAGUGAAUGUGACUAGGAAAGGAUGGCUUCUCUGCAGAAUGUCAAGCAAAGAUCGACACAUUGAUUCUAGCUGUUCGUCGUAUAUCAAGACGGAACCGUCGAGCCCUGCCUCUCUGACGGACAGCAUCAACCACCACAGCCCCGGUGGCUCCUCAGACGCCAGCGGGAGCUACAGUUCCACCAUGAAUGGACAUCAGAACGGGCUGGACUCACCUCCCCUCUACCCUUCGGCCACAGGGCUCGGGGGCAACGGGCCGGUCAGGAAACGGUAUGAUGACUGCUCCAGUACCAUCGCUGAAGAUUCACAGACCAAGUGUGAAUAUAUGCUGAACUCGAUGCCCAAAAGACUGUGUUUGGUGUGUGGUGACAUUGCAUCAGGGUACCACUAUGGAGUGGCUUCCUGCGAGGCCUGCAAGGCUUUCUUCAAGAGGACAAUUCAAGGUAACAUAGAAUACAGCUGCCCAGCAACGAAUGAAUGUGAAAUCACAAAGCGUAGGCGCAAGUCCUGCCAAGCCUGCCGCUUCAUGAAGUGUCUAAAAGUUGGCAUGCUGAAAGAAGGUGUCCGCCUAGACAGAGUACGUGGAGGUCGCCAGAAGUACAAGCGCAGAAUAGAUGCAGAGAAUAGCCCAUACCUGAACCCUCAGCUAGUUCAGCCAGCAAAAAAGCCAUAUAAUAAGAUUGUCUCCCAUUUGCUGGUGGCUGAACCAGAGAAGAUCUAUGCUAUGCCUGACCCCACUGUUCCAGACAGUGACAUCAAAGCACUUACCACUCUUUGUGACCUGGCAGACAGAGAACUGGUGGUGAUCAUUGGAUGGGCUAAGCAUAUUCCAGGAUUCUCCACUUUGUCUCUAGCUGACCAGAUGAGCCUUCUGCAGAGUGCGUGGAUGGAGAUUUUGAUUCUUGGUGUUGUAUACCGGUCACUUUCUUUUGAGGAUGAGCUCGUAUAUGCUGAAGAUUAUAUUAUGGAUGAAGACCAAUCCAAAUUGGCAGGCCUUCUUGACCUUAACAAUGCCAUACUGCAGCUGGUAAAGAAAUACAAGAGCAUGAAGCUGGAGAAAGAAGAGUUUGUCACCCUCAAAGCUAUAGCACUUGCUAAUUCAGACUCGAUGCACAUAGAGGAUGUCGAGGCAGUGCAGAAACUUCAGGAUGUCUUACAUGAGGCUCUGCAGGAUUACGAGGCCGGGCAGCACAUGGAAGACCCACGUCGCGCAGGCAAGAUGUUGAUGACUCUCCCGCUCCUGAGGCAAACCUCCACCAAGGCUGUGCAGCAUUUCUACAACAUCAAACUGGAAGGCAAAGUCCCCAUGCACAAACUUUUUUUGGAAAUGCUGGAGGCCAAGGUCUGACUAAAGCAUCAUGGGCUUUCCCAUCAUGCACGUUUUAAAAAAAAAAAAAAAAAAAAAAAGGGAAAUAAACAGGAUAAUAAUGGCAAAGAAACUUAGUGUUUAAUUAAGGAAAAAAUGACUGCACUGAUAUUUAGCAGCAAGACUGUGAAGCAGCUUUCAACUUUUUCUUCUGUGUCUUUCUGAUGCAGUUUUUCUUUUCCUUUUCCUUUUCUCUCUUUUCCUUUCUGUUCUUUCCUUUCCUUUUUCCUUUUCUCUUUUUUUCUUUGCUGCUGAACUUUUUAAAAGAGGUCUCUAAUUGAAGAGAGAUGGAAGCCAGGCCUGCCAAAGGAUGGAAAUCCAUAAUAUGGAUGCCAGUGAACUUAUUAUGAACCAUAAUGUCCCCAAUGACAAAGGAAUCAAAGAGAGAACCACCGUACCUAGCAGUACAGUACAACACGAUGAACUGACUGAAUGCAGUAUUAGAUUUCAUAGGAGCAGUCUCUAAUUAGACGACUAAGCGACGAUGCAUCGGCUGCUUCUUAUCAUUGCAUUUUCCAUCUAGAUCAGUUACAGCCAUUUGAUUCCUUAAUUGUUUUUUCAAGUCUUCCAGAUAUUUCUUAGGUUAGCUACAAUGUAACUUUUUCAGGGAAUAGUUUAAGCUUUAUUCAUUCAUGCAAUACUAAAGAGGAAAGAAAUACUGCAUUUUUGUGCUGGCUUGAACAAUGAUGAACAAUAAUGAAGGACAAAUGAAUCCUGAAGGAAGAUUUUUUUAAAUGUUUUGUUUCUUCUUACUAACGGAGAUUUUUUUGUACCAGCUUUACCAGUUUUCAGCCAUUUAUUAAUGUGGGAAUUUAUCUUACUAAAGCAAUAGUUGAAGGGAAGGUGCAUAUUAUCACGGAUGCAAUUUAUGUUGUGUGCCAGUCUGGUCCAAAACAUCCAGUUUCUUAACAUGAGCUCCAGUUUAUGACUAAAUGUUCACUGACUCAAAGGAUUAGAUUACACCUACAGUAUAGCCGAGUAGUCUAACAUAUAAAUACUCCAUGUCGAAUACCAAUCUGUAACGGAGUUAGGAGACAGCGACUGUACGAGGGUAUAGUUGCUACGUGAUUUCUUAACUGCUUCAGUUGCAAAUGAACGAGAUAUACCGCCUGUUUGCAAAAUUAUAACCUCACACGCAGAAAAACCCUAUGAACCAGUAGUAGCUUAGAGGCAAUAAGGCAAAUGCCGAUGUCUGCAAAAUUAAGAAAUCGGAGCAGUAGACUUCUGACCAAAUUGAAGAAUUUAACACUUGUAUACCUUAUUUAUUGAUUUAGAUUUCGUUUUGUAAAUGGCAAUCUUUAACAAGUAGCUAAACCAGUAUACGUGCUUUUCAACCAGUAUUGUCACAGCAUGGAAGUCAGUCAGUUUCAAGACUGUUACGAGGUGUAAUCUAAUGUAUAAACCGAUUAGAUGCCCCCAGAAAACUACAGUCGCUAAAUAACCAAUAAACAAUAACCUCCAUCAAAUGCUAUACCAAUGUACCAGUGUUAGUAGCUGCUCCCUGUACUAUGUGAACAUCCUUAUUCUAUGUACACAGAUGUAAUUAAAAUUGUAAUCCUAACAAACAAAAGAAAUGUAGUUCAGCUUUUCAAUGUUUCAUGUUUGCUGUGCUUUUCUGAAUUUUUAUGUUGCAUUCAAAGACUGUUGUCUUGUUCUUCUUGUGGUGUUUGGAUUCUUGUGGUGUGUGCUUAUAGACACAGGGUAGAAUUAGAGACAAUAUUGGAUGUACAAUUCCUCAGGAGAUUACAGUAGUAUAUUCUAUUCCUUACCGGUAAUAAGGUUCUUCCUAGUAAUAAUUAAGAGAUCGAAACUCCAAACAAAUACUCGUUAUGAACAGAUACACACUGAAAUCAUAAUAUUUUCAAAACAAGGGAUAAUUUCUGUAACAGUUUAUUAUAGAAUACCAAUGUAUAGCUUAGAAAUAAAACUUUGAAUAUUUCAAGAUUAUAGAUAAGUCUAAUUUUUAAACGCUGUAAAUAUAGCUUUUAUUCAAUCAUCUCUCAGAUGUUGUUAUUAACUCGCUCUGUGUUGUUGCAAAACUUUUUUGGUGCGGACAAGUUUCCAAAACUAUUGCUACGUUGUGUGCUUUAAACAAAAUAACAAUGGGCUGAUGCUCAAUCGGCCUUGUGCUAGGCAAAAAAAAACUGUGUAUCUAUCAUUAGCUAUAUGGGACUAUAUUGUAGAUUGUGUUUUCUCAGUAGAGAAGUGACUGUAGUGUGAUUCUAGGUAAAUCAUCAUUAGCAAUUCAUUCAGAUGGUCAAUAACUUGAAAUUUAUAGCUGUGAUAGGAGUUCAGAAAUUGGCACAUCCCUUUUGAAAAAUGUCAAAGAAAAAAUACAACUCCUGGGAAAAAGGUGCUGAUUCUAUAAGAUUAUUUAUAUAUGUAAGAGUGCAAAAAAGAAGUUUAUUUUCCAGAAAGUUUGUGCAGGGUUUAAGUUGCUACUGUUCAAGUACACUAUAUAUAUAGAAAUAUAUGAUAUAAAUAUUGUUUUUGCUGUAUCACAUUAAAGAACUUGGGCUUCAGGGUCAAAAGCCGAUCGCCUAGAAGUGUACAAAAACACGCAGAAAAUGGAGAUGUGUUAAAGGCACACGGUGCAAACUUUAGUUUUCGUUUUCCGUAAUUUUUUGGAGCUGCAAAAGAACAAGUAUCUUAAGACUGUAAAAGCGUUACCUGAAACAAAGCGAAAAGAACUGCACGGGCUUUAUAACGUUGUUCAUCUUAAACCUUGCUGGAGGAGAGUUCUUUCAAGACCACUUGCUUAAUGUGAAGUGUUGGGAAAAUUUCAAAGGGUGUAUGUUUUAGCCAUAACAAUUUACUUUCUAUUUUUGCUUCAUUUUUUAAUUUUUUCUUAUUUAAAGCAAUAUGAUUGUGUGACUCCCAGAAGUUACACAUUUGUUUCAAUCAGAUCAGAUUGUUGUAUUUAUUCCACUAUUUUGCAUUUAAAUGAUAACAUAAAAAGAUAUAAAAAAUUAAAACUGCUAUUUUUCUUAUAGAAGAGAAAAUGGGUGUUGGUGAUUGUAUUUUAAUUAUUUAAGCGUCUCUGUUUACUUGCCUAGGAAAACAUUUUAUGGCAGUCUUAUCGUGCAAAGAUCGCAAAAGGACAAAAAAAAUUAAACUGCUUCUAAUAAUCCAGGAGUUGCAUAAUAGCCAGUAGUUAAAAACCGAAACAAAACAACAAACAAAAACAAACAUGUCUAUAGCUGUAGAUGGGCUUCACAUCUGUAUAGCAAUCAACUGUAUAUUUUUGUGAUGUGUAUCAUACCGUGUGCUCCAACCAAUGUCCAUUUGUGUAAAUGUAUUUAUUUUAUAUUGUAUAUAUUGUUAAAUGCAAAAAGGAGAUAUGAUUCUGUAACUCCAAUCAGUUCAGAUGUGUAACUCAAAUUAUUAUGCCUUUCAGGAUGAUGGUAGAGCAAUAUUAAACAAGCUUCCACUUUU